AGGUGAAGUGAGGGGAAGUGAGUAAGAACUAAGAAGUAAUCUGGAUAACGAUUAACGAACACAUAUCAUCUCCCCUGGAUUGAAUGACACGAAAUCGUUAAAAUGGCUUUGAAAUCUUUGUCUUCCACCCUCUUCCACCAACAUUCUCAAUUCACAAUCUCAUUCCCCAAAUCACCUUCUUCUUCUUCUUCUUCACCUACCACCUGCACCAUUCAUGAAUCCCACAAGCUAUCACACUCUUUCAGCAAGAGGAACCUCAUCCUCACAACUUUUCUAUGGGGUAUAGUGUUGCCUAAUCCUGGUGCUUCACUGUUGUUGGCUCAAGAAUUGGAGCUUCAGAGAUACACUGAUUCCAAUGAAGGUUUCACUCUUCUCACACCCUCUUCAUGGACAAAGGUUGAUAAGGCUGGGGCAACUGUUUUGUUUCAAGAGGCAAACAUGGCAAGUAACAAUAUUGGGAUUGUGGUAAGCCCUGUUCGUUUGACCAGUCUUGGAGAGUUUGGGACUCCUCAGUUUGUUGCUGAUAAGCUCUUACAAGCAGAAAAACGCAAGGAAAGUACUGUGGAAGCUGAGGUGAUUUCAGUUGCAGAAAGACCAGGGAAGGAAGGUUUACAGAUUUAUGAAUUUGAAUACGAGCUUGAUAGCACUCGGGGAGGGAUGAAGAGGAUCUUUUCUGCAGCAUUUGUGGCCUCAAAGAAGCUCUAUCUUUUGAAUAUUGUUCACUCUGAUAAACCAGAAAGUCCUCUUGAUCCACAUAAAAGAGUGGUUUUGGAGCAAGUUCUUCAUUCCUUUGAUGCUGCAACUUAAGCUUUGGAAUGAAAAACUCGGUGUUCUGAUUUUUCCCCUCACCUGAGUUUUGGUUCUUUUUGGUUUACCAACUUAUGUUGAAACCUUAUCAUAAACAAGCAGACUGAAAAAAUUAAAUUUAUAUUGAACUCAUUUCAGUGCACUUUGUUUGUUAAACUUAUAACUACAUAUUAUUUCAACACAAAGGUAAAUAAAAUACUCUAUACAUGCAUACGAAAUGAGAUACAAUGCAAUAUGAAUUCCCCCAAUAGAAGAAAACAAACAUGUACAAAUUUUACAUGAGAGGAACAUGAGAGAAGUUUCACAUGAGAGGAUCCUGAUCCAAAAAUUAUAAAGCAGGUUGUCCAGGUCCAUGAGAAUCAUGGCUGCUUUUACUCCCUAAUUUCAUUCAGACAAUCUGCAGCCAAAUCAUGCAUUUUCACAUUGUUUGCUAACCAAGUGGCUCUGCCCCAACUUAUUAGAGACAAAUCAUUCUAAGGCUCUAAUCUCCCUUUUGAAGAUCCACUAGAUGCCCUCUUACUAGUGUCAUAUUAUAACUGGAAUACAGUAACAACAGCUCCUAUGAAAUUGUACUUAGGUUUUCUCCCAUGACAAAUUGACAGUCAUCUUUUAUAGAUGAAAUGCCAUUGAUGUAUCUUGGUUCUGGUUCCAAAUUGAUUGUUUAGUUAUGCAGAGUUACAAGUAUCUCCAAGGCAAAUGCUCAAAUGUUGAGUAGUAAUAGUGACUAUACUACCAAUUAUUUUACUGAGCCUACAGUUAUCAAUGAAUCUAGUUUCUUCCCCAGUGGUUCUUGUCAGAGAAUUGCUAAUUUGUGACAGCUGACAGCAACAUUCUUGGUCAACAUGGUGCUAUGCUAAGGAUAUUGUUCGAGCCAGGAAGUCAUCAUUUGUAUUACUGAAAUUUUGCUUUUCAAAUUAACCUUGUCCUUUCUGGUAGCAAAUAUUUUUGUGAUUUCUUCUUGUUUAUGCCAAGUAAUCAUGAUGUAUUUGGGAUCCCCUGACUAGAAAUUUGAGGUUCAACAAGCGGCUUCUUUGGUGUAUCUUUGUCCUACAU